AUGGCCCCAGCUCCGCGUUCCUACUCCAAGACCUACAAGGUCCCUCGUCGACCCUACGAGUCGGCUCGUCUUGACUCCGAAUUGAAGACUGUCGGCGAGUUCGGUCUCCGCAACAAGCGUGAGGUGUGGCGCGUCCAGCUCACUCUUUCUAAGAUUCGUCGUGCUGCUCGUGAGCUUCUUACUCUCGAUGAGAAAGACCCUAAGCGUCUCUUCGAAGGAAAUGCCCUCAUUCGUCGUCUCGUCCGUGUCGGUGUGCUCGAUGAGUCCCGCAUGAAGCUCGAUUACGUCUUGGCCUUGAAGACUGAGGAUUUCUUGGAGCGUCGUCUCCAGACCUGUGUCUACAAGCUUGGUCUCGCCAAGUCCAUCCACCACGCCCGUGUCCUGAUCCGUCAGCGUCACAUCCGUGUUGGCAAGCAGAUCGUCAACGUUCCUUCUUACAUGGUCCGCCUUGACUCCCAGAAGCACAUUGACUUCGCCCUUACCUCUCCCUACGGUGGUGGUCGUCCUGGUCGUGUUCGCCGCAAGAAGGCCAAGGCCGCCGAGGGUGGCGAUGGUGACGGUGACGAGGAGGAGGAAGAGUAA